GAGUUUUUGGGCCACAUCGUUUCUACUGAAGGAGUGAAAAUCAACCCCAAGAAAAUCAAGACCAUACAGGAGUGGAAGCCGCCAAGCAACAUCAAGGAGCUGCAGAGUUUUUUGGGUUUUGUCAAUUACGUUCGCCGGUUUAUACCCAACAUGGCUGGGUUAUCUGCCCCGCUAACUGACCGACUCAAGGAUCAUGAUUGUUUUUGGUGGGGAGAGAAGCAGCAAAUUGCAUUCGACCAACUGAAGAUCGCCCUCACAUCGCCGCUCGUCCUUCGCAUCUCCGAUCCUGACCGUCCAUACGAAGUCAUCACUGACGCCAGCGACAUCGCCAUCGGUGCAGUUCUCCUACCGGAUUUCGGCGACGGAUUACAGCCGGUCGCCUACGAAUCACUGCAGGGCGCGGAAAAAAAUUAUACGGUACACGACAAGGAAAUGCUGGCGAUCGUCCACGCGUUCAAGACCUGGCGGUGCUACCUGACAGGCGCUGACGUCAUUGUGCGGACCGACCACAAAUCCCUCCAGUACCUGCGAGCCCAAACGAAUCUCAACCCGCGACAGAUCCGAUGGCUCGAUUUCCUCGAGUUGAAUUUCCACUACACCAUCACCCACAAACGGGGCGCCAACAAUAUCACUGAUGCCCUGACUCGACCCACUGCCCAUACAGCCGCCAUACUACGAGCAGCCGGACUACUACAGCCGUUGGAUCCGCCCGAGCGACCCUGGCAACACUUCACGAUGGACUACAUGUCAGGACUGCCGGCUGGUCCCAGCAGAAACAACGCCAUCCUCGUGGUCGUUGACCGACUCACGAAAAUGGCGCACUUCAUUGCCUGCCAACAGAAAAUUACAGCUGAGCAAACUGCUCAACUGUUCAUCGCCAACGUCAUUCGACUGCACGGACUGCCUACCGCCAUUAUUUCAGACCGAGACCCGAAAUUCACAUCGAAUUUCUGGCACCACCUGUGGGACCAAUUCGGCACCAAACUACAGCUGGAAUGAGAAUGAAUGACUAGAAAGAUG